AUUAGCCUAACCUUCUCGGGGGGCGAACCGGUGCUCCGGCGAGGAUUAUCGCCGCCGAUUGUUAAUUGCGAUGCGCGCGGUCGCGGAUUUGACGAACCUGGGACCCGCGCGGGACACGCGCCUGUGUAAUUAGCAGGUGUCGGCGCGAGAUUGACGCGAACACCGGGAAGAAUGUCCGUGUUACGCGCCGCGAUGUUCGCGUGCCGCAACAACGGCUCUGCGAUCUCAAGGUGUUGCAGGCAGAACACAUUUCUGCCAGGAAGGAGCCAAAGCGUAUGGCGAGCGGCGAAGCGCGAGUUCGCCAAGCUCGCUCAGAGACGCGCCGGCGAGAGCGCGAGUGAGCCGAAGCUCGCCUCGUGCAUCCUGAAAUGCGGCCUCAGCGGACUCGGAGUGACGGCCGUUGCUGUCUUAAGGUCGCGCAAUCGAAUUGUGCUCUGCAGAGCGGCUCAAAGAAUAAGCGACGUGAGUCCGGCCGAUCCGAGCGAGCCCGAAUUAACCGAGUUGACCUUCGAAUGGGCGAAAUUGUUCAAGUACUUGUACCCGCAUGUCUGGUAUUUAUUGCUGGCGCUGUCAAGUGCGUUGAUAGUUGCACUGUUGAAUAUACAAAUACCGCAGUGCGUUGGGAGCGUCAUAAAUGUGCUGACGGAGAUAUGCCGGGACAAAAACGAGUCUGCGAAGCAGGUCAUCUCGCGGCUCACCCAACCGGCCCUCGCCCUGGGCCGCAUGUACGUCGCACAAGCGUUCCUCACCUUCGUGUACAUUUACGCUCUUUCGCACGUCGGCGAGAGGGUCGCGGUGAGCUUGCGCCAGGACUUGUUCAAGUCGGUAAUCACGCAAGACAUAGCGUUCUUUGACAAGACGCGCUCUGGCGAAAUAGUAAGUCGAUUGACCAGCGAUAUACAAGACUUUAAGAGCUCGUUUAAGACUUGCAUUUCCCAAGGAUUGAGAAGCCUCACGCAGAUCGCCGGUUGCGUCGUCUCUGUAAUAGUGAUCUCGCCGCAGCUGACCACCCUUGUGGUACUGAGCUUGCCGCCGAUCGUUUUCGUCGGCACCCUCCUGGGUAGGAGCCUGCGCAAGCUGUCGAUGGACGCGCAGAAUCAGGUCGCGAGAUCCACCGCCGUGUGCGAGGAAGCUAUACAAAACAUCCGAACGGUGAGAGCCUUCGCCGCGGAGGAGAAGGAGGCGGAGAUGUUUUACACGGAGAUCGAACGCUCGUCCGACUUAUACGAAAGAUUAGGUGUCGGUAUAAGCUUCUUCCAAGCGGGGACGAACCUGCUGCUCAACGGCAUUUUGCUCUCCACGCUGUACUUCGGCGGCCAGUUGCUCUCCACGGGGCAGCUGUCCCCGGGGAAUCUCAUGGCGUUCUUGAUGGCUACGCAAACCAUACAGAAGUCUAUGGGCCAGUUGUCGGUGCUCUUCGGGACCUUUGUCAGGGGACAAAGCGCGGGGGCCAGAGUUUUCCAGUAUCUGGAUAUGCCGCCUUCGCCAAUGAUGACCGGCGGCGACGCGAUCACGGAUAGAUCUCUGGCGGGGAGUAUAGUCUUCCACAAUGUGACUUUCAGCUAUCCGACCAGGCGCGAUCAUGUCAUUUUGAAGAAUUUCAAUUUGCACAUUCCCGCUGGGAAAACCGUGGCUAUUGUCGGCACUAGCGGCAACGGCAAAUCCACAGUGGCUGUGUUGUUAGAGAGAUUUUACGACGUCGACGAAGGCUCCAUUACUAUUGACGGUCGAGACAUCCGAUCUCUUAACUCGAGUUAUCUCAGAGGCAGUGUUUUGGGCUACAUAAAUCAAGAGCCUACUUUAUUCGCCACCAGCGUCAUGGAGAAUAUUAGAUACGGUAGACCAUGCGCGACAGAUGAAGAGGUCAUCGAGGCGGCUAAAGAAGCAAAUGCGCACGAGUUCAUAACAAAGUUUCCCGACAGCUACGCGACAGAAGUUGGCGAGAGAGGCACGCAGCUCUCCGGUGGACAGAAGCAACGGGUUGCUAUCGCCAGGGCCUUGUUGAAACAACCGUCCGUUUUAAUUUUGGAUGAAGCAACAAGCGCAUUGGACUACGAAAGCGAGAGAAUCGUACAGAAAGCAAUCGAAAAUGUUACGAAGGGUAGAACGGUGCUCGUGAUCGCUCAUAGGUUGAGCACCGUUAAAGGAGCUGACGUAAUUGUCGUGUUACAACGCGGUGUCAUUGUGGAGAUGGGCACACACUCGGAAUUGAUUAAACGGAAAGGGGUGUAUUACACACUCGUUAAUGAGCAAGAGAAAGAGAACGUGUAAUAGCAAUAAGACUUAGAACAUGCAAAUUAGCACAAACAUGAUUACUGUAAAUCGGUAAGAGGGUAUAUAUUUGUUACUAUUAUUUCCCGUUUUGUAAAAUACUUCUCUUCUUUAUACCUUGUAUAGGAAAAUGAAUUUAUAUACUGUAUAUAUUAUUCAUGCCUACCUCAGAAACGGGAAUUAAAUUAUGAAUUAUAUAAUAAAUUAUUACUUUAACUA